AUGGAAUCUAUGACAAGUUUCUUCUGGAAGGAUGGGGAACAACCUCCUCAUCCGGCCGUAAAGUUGCCCAAGAGGACCAAGAUUGUGCCGAAACAUGAGGAAGAGCAAGAUGUGCAAAAUAAGGGUUCGAAAGCCCAGGUCGCGGGUGGACCCAAGGCAGCGCUCCCGAACAGUGGGGCAACUUUCUCGACGGGGUCGUUACCUCACAAAACACACGAUACAGCAGGACGAUCGACCACUUUGCAACAGAUGAUGACGGAUACACUGGUGGAGAAAAUCAUCAAGAUGGCUCUCCCACCAUCUUCGAAGACUGCGAAGGCCACGAUUGCUACACGGAUGGCUUACGGCAAGAAUAGACCCGGCCUUUCUGUACCAAUAACCUCGAGAAACUUUAUUCAAAUGAACUCCAGGUUGGGAAUUCCAUUCAUAGUGCUGGAUGAGAUCAUCACUUUCAUCAACUGGGAGAACAUUUCGCUGACUUUGUGCAUCAUGCUGAUUUACACGUACUUGGUGUUGAAACCCGUUACAGUGCUUGGUUGUGGGCCACCUUUCUGCUUGCUUUUCGGAAUAAUGGUCCCGCAGUAUCUUCAUGUGCAUAAACCGAAUCACAUUCGAGAUAAUCUUGUGGAUGUAAACAGAACCCCAUCACAGGGACCGCCUAUACGAAAGCCAAUUCUUCCCGACCCUGUCCCCGAACUAAGCCAGGAGUUCAUUUUGAAUUUGACGGAUUUACAAAACCACAUGAUGUUGUACGUUAACGCUUACGAUUUUACCGUGUUUAUCUUGAAGAAGUUUGCUUUUUUUAUCAAUGAACAGGUGUCAAGUCUUUCCUUUAUUGUCAUUUUGAUUGUGGCCUUGUUCAACUUUAUCUUUUUAGAGAGAAUAUGGCCCUACUUGCCCGUCAAGAUGUGUUUGAUCGCUCUUGGGUGGGGCGGGAUCAUUGCUUCACACCCGUCCAACAAAGACAGGAUCUUGAAGUGGCUGAAUGCGGAGGAGACAAGGCUCGAUUAUUUGAGCAUUUGUAGGCGAUAUGAGCACACAUUGUACGAGCAUAUGAGAUUUGUUGAAGCACGCGAGCAGAAAGUAGUUACUAUAUUUGAAAUCCAGAGGUACAGCGAGACCGACAAGCACAAAGAGUGGAGGAAAGUCGGGUUCAGUACGGACGACUAUGCACUGUUUUCGAAACUCCGAAUCAACGAGCUCAAUAUCAGCGAUUUUUGCUGUAAGGAACUAAGCUUUGUACAUCCGCCCGAGGAUUGGGAAUGGGUCCCUGGGUCAGGGUGGACCUUAGAUCUUGAUCCGAAAGAGUGGGUGGAGGAGAGUUUCAUACAGUACGUUGAGGUUGAUUCCGAGUCCAAAUGGGUGUACGAUAUUGAGCUUGACGGAACUCAUGGCCAGUUUAGAAGACGUAUGUGGACCAAUAUCUGUAGAAGAAAGAUAGUUCUUAAGAAGGUGUACGGUCCAGGUGCGAGCAACAGCCACAGCGUUGGAAGCGGUGCACACGGUCCCGAUGGCCAAAGGUCUACUUCAGAGACGGUAAACGGCUCAGCAUCUGUAGGGAAACACACAAGAAGGUCAUCUCUACACCAGAUGGAUACCACGAGUGACGACAUAGAAGAGGUAGUCAACCCGCUUCGAAAGGAUACGUACAGCGAGGGCAAACUGCACGGGAUCACUCUGGGCUCCAUGUCCGGUGGGAUCACCCAGGAUUCCACCAAUUUGCGCUCCGCGGUGAGUGAUGGCAGUGACCACGAGCUGAACCAUGACGAGACCAUCUCUGAGAUGGAUUACAGUGAUAUCCUGAAUACGUCUGUAUGA